AUGGAACACCUACCAGCACCAGCACCCCUCCAAAACCCUAACCCUUUCGAGCAGGGAAGGGGCAACAACGAGGCUGAGGCCGAGGGUGGUGAACGUCAAUAUUCUUGUAAUUAUUGUGAAAAGAAAUUUAAGAGCAAACAAGCGUUGGGAGGGCACCAAAAUGCCCACAAACUUGAACGGGCUAUAGAGAAGAAUGCUCGAAACUUUCAGCAAGCUCCAUUUGGGUACUUUUCUUGGUCCGGGCUGCCAUACAACGCCGGAAUGAGGCCAGUCAUGCCAGUUCUUGGAGUUUACAAUAGGUCCCACCAGGAACAACAAAUACUUUCACAAUAUCCUGGAAGCCAUUUCAGGUUUAAUUCCCUCCCGGCAAUACAGCUGAUCUCUAGCAUGGCCCCACCAUUCCUUCCCUGCGUGACGCUGCCGCCUCCGCCAUCACCAUCACUGGGAUGCAAUAAUCCCUUUCCUGAGUCACCCACUGUAGGUAGAAGUAUUGUCCCUUUUUUGGGACUGGGCUCUUCUUCUGCUAGUCGAAAUCAGGUGUUUAUGAACCUUCAGGGUUUUGGCAGUGGACUCAGUAGCAACACAGGUGUGGCUCGUCAAGGCAGUGAGUUUUCCCUUGUUGCACCAGGCAAUGAUGGUGCAAAUUGCUCUGAGAGGAAUGAUUCUGGCCUAGAUUUAACUCUAAAGUUAUGA